GCGGGUGUGCUGGCUGUGGGUGCCCCCGCUCCCGUUCGCUCGCCUCCUUUCUUGCCCUGGCUCUCUCGCCUCCCCCUGCCUGGUGCUCCUGUCGGCUCACGCCCCCCUCCUCUCUCUCCAGCUGGCAGCGGUGGGGGCUGCGCUGCCUCCCGGACCUCGGGACCUGCUCCGUCAGCUGGGGCCCCCUGCGGACGGCUGCCUCCCUCGCCUCUAGGACCUGCCACUCUGCGCGGAAUGGCAGCGGCAGCAGCAUCCCCGCCAGCGGCGGUGGCGGCGGCAGCCACGGCCGCCGCAGAAGCUAUUGUUCCCUGGUGUUAAACGCGCUUUCCCUCCUUUUCAUCUGACAAGAACAAUAGCGGGGAGAGCUUUGCGUUCUGUACUUGGGAAGACAGUCCGAGGGCGAAGGAACAUUCCCUGCCAACCGCGUCCCGGACCUGGACCCUGGAGCGGCUGCGGGCGGCAUGGGGCUGCAAGAGAGGCGCACGGCGUCCCGGAGCCCCGACGCUGCGGGCCGGCGCCCGGCCGUCCUGCCGCUGCUGCUGCCGCUGCUGCUGUGCCCGGGCGCCUGCGGGGCUGCGGCGCCGGGCGCGGCGGAGGCACCCACCCUCUAUCUGUGGAAGACCGGUCCAUGGGGCCGAUGCAUGGGAGACGAAUGUGGUCCAGGAGGCAUUCAGACCCGGGCUGUGUGGUGUGCUCAUGUGGAAGGAUGGACAACGUUGCAUACAAACUGCAAGCAGGCCGAGAGACCCAGUAACCAGCAAAAUUGUUUCAAAGUUUGUGACUGGCACAAAGAGUUAUACGACUGGAGGCUGGGACCCUGGAAUCACUGUCAGCCUGUGAUUUCAAAAAGCCUGGAGAAACCCCUUGAGUGCGUUAAAGGGGAAGAAGGCAUUCAGGUGCGAGAGAUAAUGUGCAUCCAGAAAGAGAAAGACAUCCCUGCGGAGGAUAUCAUUUGUGAGUACUUUGAGCCCAAGCCUCUUCUGGAACAGGCCUGCCUCAUUCCCUGCCAGCAAGAUUGCAUUGUGUCUGAGUUUUCUGCCUGGUCGGAAUGCUCCAAGACUUGUGGCAGUGGGCUCCAGCACCGGACGCGUCACGUGGUGGCGCCCCCCCAGUUUGGAGGCUCAGGCUGUCCAAAUCUGACUGAGUUUCAGGUGUGCCAGUCCGGUGCCUGUGAAGCUGAAGAGAGCAUGUACAGCUUGCAGGUGGGGCCCUGGAGCACGUGCUCGAUACCCCACUCGAGGCAAGUAAGACAAACAAGGAGACGUGGGAAGAAUAAAGAACGGGGCAAGGACCGAGGGAAAGGAGUGAAGGAUCCGGAGGCCCGUGAACUGAUCAAGAAAAAGAGAAAUAGAAACAGACAGAACCGACAAGAGAACAAAUAUUGGGACAUCCAGAUUGGAUACCAGACCAGAGAAGUUAUGUGUACUAACAAGACGGGGAAAGCUGCUGAUUUGAGCUUUUGCCAACAAGAGAAGCUGCCGCUGACCUUCCAGGCCUGUGUGAUCACCAAAGAGUGCCAGGUGUCAGAGUGGUCUGAGUGGAGCCCCUGCUCAAAAACGUGCCAUGAUAUGGCAUCCCCUAAAGGCACCCGUGUGAGGACGCGGCUCAUCAGGCAGUUUCCUAUUGGCAGUGAGAAGGAGUGUCCAGAACUUGAGGAAAAAGAACCCUGUGUGUCUCAAGGAGAUGGAGUUGCCCCCUGUGCCAUGUAUGGCUGGAGGACUACAGAGUGGACCGAGUGCCGUGUGGACCCUCUGCUCAGUCAGCAGGACAAGAGGCGGGGCAACCAGACGGCCCUCUGCGGAGGAGGGGUCCAGACCCGAGAGGUGUACUGCGUGCAGGCCAACGAGGACCUCCUCUCACACUUAAACACCCACAAGGACAAAGAAGCCUCAAAACCAGUGGACUUGAAAUCAUGCGCUGGCCCUACCCCUAAUACGACACAGCUGUGCCACGUUCCCUGUCCUGUUGAAUGUGAGGUUUCACCUUGGACAGCUUGGGGACCUUGUACUUACGAAAAUUGUAAUGACCAGCAAGGCAAAAAAGGUUUUAAACUGAGGAAACGGCGCAUUACCAAUGAGCCCACUGGAGGCUCUGGGGGUGCUGGGAACUGCCCUCACUUACUGGAAGCCAUUCCCUGUGAAGAGCCGUCCUGCUAUGACUGGAAAGCAGUGAGGCUAGGAGACUGUGAACCAGAUAAUGGAAGGGAGUGUGGUCCAGGCACUCAAAUUCAAGAGGUUGUGUGCAUCAACAGUGAUGGAGAAGAAGUUGACAGACAGCUGUGCAGAGACGCCAUCUUCCCCAUCCCUGUUGCCUGCGAUGCCCCGUGCCCCAAGGACUGUGUGCUCAGCAUGUGGUCUGCGUGGUCCUCCUGCUCCCACACCUGCUCAGGGAAAACCACAGAAGGGAAACAGAUACGAGCGCGGUCCAUCCUGGCCUAUGCAGGAGAGGAAGGUGGAGCUCAGUGUCCAAAUAGCAGUGCUUUGCAAGAGGUGCGCAGCUGUAACGAGCAUCCCUGUACUGUGUACCACUGGCAAACUGGUCCCUGGGGCCAGUGCAUCGAGGACACCUCAGUUUCAUCCUUCAACACAACUACAACUUGGAACGGGGAGACCUCUUGCUCUGUUGGCAUGCAGACAAGAAAAGUCAUCUGUGUGCGGGUCAAUGUUGGCCAAGUGGGACCCAAAAAGUGUCCUGAAAACCUUCGACCUGAAACAGUGAAGCCCUGUCUGCUUCCUUGUAGGAAGGACUGUAUCGUGACGCCACACAGUGACUGGACAUCAUGCCCUUCCUCGUGUAAAGAAGGGGACUCCGGAAUCAGGAAGCAGACUCGGCACCGGGUCAUCAUUCAGCUGCCGGCCAACGGAGGCAAGGACUGCACGGAUCCUCUCUAUGAAGAGAAGGCCUGCGAGGCCCCUCAAGUGUGCCAAAGCUACAGGUGGAAGACUCACAAAUGGCGCAGGUGCCAGUUAGUCCCUUGGAGCGUGCAACAGGACAGCCCUGGAGCGCAGGAGGGCUGUGGGCCCGGACGGCAGGCAAGAGCCAUUACUUGUCGAAAGCAAGAUGGUGGACAGACUGGUAUCCAUGAAUGUCUCCGGUAUGCAGGCCCCGUGCCAGCCCUCACCCAAGCCUGCCAGAUCCCCUGCCAAGAUGACUGUCAGUUUACCAGCUGGUCCAAGUUUUCUUCAUGCAAUGGAGACUGUGGUGCAGUUAGGACCAGAAAGCGCACCAUUGUUGGAAAAAGUAAAAAGAAGGAAAAAUGUAAAAAUUCUCAUUUGUACCCCCUGAUUGAGACGCAGUAUUGUCCCUGUGACAAGUAUAAUGCACAGCCUGUGGGGAACUGGUCAGACUGCAUUUUGCCAGAGGGGAAAGUGGAAGUGUUGCUGGGAAUGAAGGUACAAGGAGACAUCAAGGAAUGUGGUCAAGGAUAUCGUUACCAAGCAAUGGCGUGCUACGAUCAAAACGGCAGGCUCGUGGAGACAUCCAGAUGUAACAGCCAUGGUUACAUUGAAGAGGCCUGCAUCAUCCCCUGCCCCUCAGACUGCAAGCUCAGUGAGUGGUCCAACUGGUCACGCUGCAGCAAGUCCUGUGGGAGUGGCGUGAAGGUUCGGUCUAAAUGGCUGCGUGAAAAACCCUAUAAUGGAGGAAGACCAUGCCCGAAACUGGACCAUGUCAACCAGGCCCAGGUGUAUGAGGUCGUCCCUUGCCACAGUGACUGCAGCCAGUACAUAUGGGUUACAGAGCCAUGGAGCAUCUGCAAGGUGACCUUUGUGAACAUGCGGGACAACUGUGGAGAGGGCGUGCAAACCCGAAAAGUGAGAUGCAUGCAGAACACGGCGGAUGGCCCUUCUGACCAUGUAGAGGAUUACCUCUGUGACCCAGAAGAGAUGCCUCUGGGCUCUAGAGAGUGCAAAUUACCAUGUCCCGAGGAUUGUGUGAUAACUGAAUGGGGUCCGUGGACCCGAUGCACUUUGCCUUGCAAUCAAAGCAGUUUCCGGCAAAGGUCAGCGGAUCCCAUCAGACAACCUGCUGAUGAAGGAAGAGCCUGCCCUGAUGCUGUUGAGAAGGAACCCUGUAACCUGAACAAAAACUGCUUCCACUAUGAUUAUAAUGUAACAGACUGGAGUACAUGCCAGCUGAGUGAGAAGGCAGUUUGUGGAAAUGGCAUGAAAACAAGGAUGUUGGAUUGUGUUCGAAGUGAUGGCAAGUCGGUUAACCUGAAAUACUGUGAAGAGCUUGGCCUGGAGAAGAAAUGGCAGAUGAACACGUCCUGCGUGGUGGAAUGUCCUGUGAACUGUCAGCUUUCUGACUGGUCUCCUUGGUCAGAGUGUUCUCAAACAUGUGGCCUCACAGGAAAAAUGAUCCGAAGACGAACAGUAACCCAGCCCUUUCAGGGUGAUGGAAGACCGUGCCCUGCCCUGAUGGAACAGUCUAAGCCUUGCCCAGUGAAGCCCUGUUAUCGGUGGCAAUACAGCCAGUGGUCUGCAUGCCAAGUGCAGGAUGCCCAGUGUGGCGAAGGGGCCAGAACAAGGAAUAUUUCUUGUGUAGUGAGUGAUGGGUCAGCUGAUGAUUUCAGCAAGGUGGUGGAUGAAGAAUUCUGUACUGAUAUUGAACCCAUUAUAGAUGGUAAUAAAAAAGUGGUUCUUGAGGAAACCUGCACCCAGCCUUGCCCAGGUGACUGUUAUUUGAAGGAGUGGUCUUCCUGGAGCCUGUGUCAGCUGACCUGUGUGAAUGGUGAGGACCUCGGUUUUGGUGGAAUACAGGUCCGUUCCAGAGCGGUGAUUAUACAAGAGCUAGAGAAUCAACAUCUGUGCCCAGAGCAGAUGUUAGAAACAAAAUCAUGUGAUGAUGGACAGUGUUACGAGUAUAAAUGGAUGGCUAGUGCUUGGAAGGGCUCUUCCCGAACAGUCUGGUGUCAAAGAUCAGAUGGUAUAAAUGUAACAGGGGGCUGCUUGGUGGUGCGCCAGCCUGAUGCUGACAGGUCUUGUAAUCCACCGUGUAGUCAACCCCACUCGUACUGUAGCGAGACAAGGAUAUGCAGUUGUGAAGAAGGGUACACUGAAGUCAUGUCUUCCAAUGGUACACUUGAGCAAUGCACACUUAUCCCCGUGGUGGUGAUACCCACUGUGGAGGACAAAAGAGGAGAUGUGAAAACCAGUCGGGCAGUACAUCCAACCCAACCCUCCAGUAACCCAGCAGGACGGGGAAGGACCUGGUUUCUACAGCCAUUUGGGCCAGAUGGGAGACUAAAGACCUGGGUUUACGGUGUAGCAGCUGGGGCAUUUGUGUUACUCGUCUUCAUUGUCUCCAUGAUCUAUCUAGCUUGCAAAAAGCCAAAGAAACCCCAAAGAAGGCAAAACAACCGACUGAAACCUUUAACCUUAGCCUAUGAUGGAGAUGCAGACAUGUAAACCAUAACUUAUCCUGCAACAACCAGUCUCAGCUUUCUACCUUUGCUGUAGAUAUCCAGAGGCCACAAAGCUAUUCAAACUGUAUGGAUUAAAAUACAUUGUAACUUCUUAAAAGAUCAUCAUUAAGAGUGAAAAUCACAGUGCCACUGGAGAUAUCAAGACAGUACCACUUACAUAGAAACCAUCAGCCUUGAGAAUUCUAGGAGAUUUAGUUGAAUACAUGCUGCAUUCUGAGAGUUUUAUGUGAUCUUUCUGAAAUCUACCAACUGAUAAUUCACUUUCAUCUCUAAAAUAACGGCGGUGGGAUUGGCCAGUUAGGAUGCCUGAUGCAAGCCUCUGUCUGCAGUUAACCAUAGUAACAUUUUCGCAUGAAGAGUUUAUACCAAGAUCUCUACGCUACUAUAGUCAAACAUAACAACAUAUAUACUCAAUUGAUGAUACACAUUAUGUCAGAUUAUGUACUUGUUAAUAAGCAAUUUUAAUGGUGAAUAAAGAUAAACUCUAAACUGAGCAGAAAACCCACUGAAUAAAUUCAGCAUCCUGGUGAUUGAUGAUAGUUUCAUUGACCUGCAUUUCAGAGGCAAAGACCCUUUUAUAAGACUUAAUUCUUGUCUCUCUCCAAACUACAAAUGCUGGACAGGUACUAGUACCUUAGAAGAGUCCUCAAGUUCAGUAUUUUAUUAGCGGUUAUUGUCUGGAAAACUAAUUUGCUUGUGUUAAUACAGUAUGUUUCUACUUUCUCUAAUUUUCAAACUGGUUGCCUGCAUCUUUUUUGCUAUAUGGAAGGCACAUUUUUGCACUAUAUUAGUGCAGCAUGAUAGGCACUUAACCAGUAUUGCCAUAGAAACUGCCUCUUUUCAUAUGGGAUGAAGACACGUGUGCUCAGAGUGUCAUGGAGACAUUUACAAGUUCUUGUGUCCUAAAGAGAGUAAAGUUCUGUUGGGAUGGCGACAGGAUGGAAUUAGCUAUUACAUCUGCUGCUCACACUCUUCCUCAUCACUGCAGCCAUUGUGAAAUCAACAACAUGGCGGUAAUUUAAGUGUUUAAGUCCCGAACUCACUAACCCUCCAAAAGGUGGAUCCCUCUAGUUGGCUUUUAACUGUACUUUGAAGGCUGUUUAUGACUAGAUUUUUAUACUUGUUAUCUUUGUUAAAAAAAGAAAAGAAAAGAAAAAAAGGAGCUGGUUGUCUUUUCAAUUUUGAGCAGACGGAAAAAAUAGUGUGUUCGUGAUUUUUGUAACUAAAAGAAAUCAAAAUUGUGUGUUGAUUUUUUUCUUUCUUCCUGAUUUGUUUUCCUAGUUUCAGAUGGAAUGUAUUUCAAAAUCCAUGGUUUUGUCUUUCUCACCGGUAAAAUUUGAAGCGAGUCUUUUUAAUGUAUGAUAUCAAAAACUAGAAUUUUUAAAAGAGAAGAAUAAAUAUUUUGUCCAGGGCUUCAUUAAAUAUCUAGACCAAGGGUGGCACACUUUUUUCUGUAAAAGGUGAGAUGGUAAAGAUUUUCAGCCAGGUCUAUGUUGCAACUUCUCCAUUCUGCUGUUGUGAGAACGCAGCCAUAGACAAUACACAGUACAGUACAUAAAAGAAUGAGUAUGGAUGUUUUCCAAUAAAACUUCCUUUAAAAGAAGUCAGCAGGCCACAUUUGUUGUGGUUUGCUGGUCCCUGGUCUAGAAGCUUUUUCAGUGCUAACUCACUCUCCAUUGUGUCAUCUUGAGCUUUCAUUCAUUUACCCUCAGACUGCGAUCAGUGUUUUAUUUCAAAAAUGAAAAACAGUCAUUCAACUUAUCACUGUAUUGGAAGUAGCUAUAUUUUUCACAGAUGUAGCCCUGGGAAUGGCACAGUAAAAUGAUAUCUAACUUGGCUGGUUUCUUUCGUAUGAAAGGAAAAUUCAAAAGGUGCCAUUAAAAAGCGAUACCAUUUUUCAGGCAACAUUUAUUGUGACAACCUUUGGGAGACGGAAGGACGUUACGUUUUCAGGUCUUUAAAAAAUAGCAUCACAAGCUAUUCUAUCUUAAACGUAGCUGUGUAGCUAUACAAGUGGUUUGGACUAGAAGGUAUCUUACCUUCAUACUAGAGUUUGAACUCCCCCUACUGUUUGCUAGAGUAUUUGCAAAGAUUACAAAAGAUAGAUUGGAAUGUCGUUGUCCCUCAAAUAAACAGAUUUCUACAUAUUUCGAUAAGCAUUAAAUGUGGUAAGCACUAAUUCCUUAUUCAACAUUCACUGUAUUAAGCAACAUGUAAAUCAUUUCUAAGCAAACAGGAUGUCAGGAAAAUGAGAAUUUUACCUUAAACCAAGGAUUUAAACAAGGAAAAGCAUAAAAACAAAUUCCAUUUCAUCUGUCUUAUUAAAGAGGAAGACAAAAAUAAUAUUGUCACCCUAAAACUGUGAUUGUCAAUAUAUGUACUCAGGGGUCUUCCAGAUAAUCCUCAAGUUGAUCUCUUUGAAUAAAAUGGACUCCAUUUGUCCAAAAUGGUUGAGAAAUAGUCCGUUGCAGUUACUUGAAGAGUUUCGCUGACAGUCUUACGAAAUGCGUGCCAUAGCCAAUACCCUUGAAAUUGUUGACUAGAAUAAAAUAUUGUUGCUACUAAUGCUAUACUUACGAUCAUUUGAAAGUCAUUAAUUCAGAAAGCAGAUCAGUAUCAUCCUACCUGUAUUGUUAAAAUUAAAUGAAUAGAUCAACAUUAUAAAAUGUCAUGAAAAUACAAGAUGAUUUUAUUCAUAACUUGAUUACCUUUUACAGAUAUGAAGGAAACUAGGUUCAAUGUGAUCUAACACUAGGGAGCAUACUGGAAGUUCAUCAUUAGGAUAAAUACCGGAUGGCCUCUUGUUAGAAAGGUACAAAGAGGAGAAUGUAGCUAGCUGACUGUUUUGGACAAAUGAAGGUUACUAUAUUCAUGUUUAUAACAUGAAAAUGGCCUUAUUUUUGUUCCUGGCAUGAGUCAAUAAUGAGUUAAGUACUUUACUGGAAUUUCAUCAAAACCUUAUUCCUCCUGUUCAUUCUAAGAAUUCAGGAGGGCAAUAUAGUAGUAACUUGUCUAUUGACACUUUUGCCUUACCAAAAUGGUCUGUGAGCCCACAAAGAUUAAGAAUUACUGUUACUAUAAGUAUGAAGGUUUGCUUGGUUUUAAAAAAAGAAAUGAAAAAUAUUGACACAGUAUUAUGCUAUCUUGUUGGACUGUUUCCAUUUAAACGACAUAGAAGUAGCAUAACUGAUGUCUCUUGAAAGAGGGUGGUUUGCUCAUUCAUCAAUAUCUAAUCUAGGAAAUUGACCACAAUCCUUAUUUCAAAGCUUUUUUGAGGACUCUGGUGUAGCUUAAAGCUAAUUUAAAAAGGAGUGCAUAAAAGCAUGUUGUUAAUUAUAACAAAGCACAAGUACCUAUAACAAGACAAAUAUUUAUUGAAUUAUCACAUGUAAGACCCUCUGCUAGGCACUGUAAAAUAUUAGUAAUGGCUUUUGUUUACAUAUAUAUCUAAGACAUUCAAAACAAGGAAAAAUGCUUAAUGAGUGAAAAUGACACACACAUCACCCUUCACUCUAGAUUUAGUGUUCAAUAUGGUUAGUAUUUUUCCUUAGGUAAUGUCCAUGUCUCGGGCCAUGCUGGCAGGCUUUGGCUAUAUGGCUCCUCUACCCUCAGGCAGGUGGCAGUGGUCAUAGUGGCAAGUAACACCUCUCAAUUUUUUUUUUAACCUCCUCUAACUCCCCGUAUAUCCUUCUCCUUUAUGAUGAUGUUCAGUGCCUGGUCUCUGUCUACUCUGCUCUCUUACCAACAAUUAAUCUUGUCUGCUUCCCUCAGAACCACCUUCUGCUAAACAUGCCUACAUUUUUAAUAAGAAAAAAAAGUGGUGAAUACCUAUAUGUCUUUCCUAUUGGAGUCAAAGUGUCAUUUAGAGUGUGAACAGGUUGAUUUAAACAGAAUGUACUGGUCAAAGACAUGAGUGAAAAACAAAGAAAAGCUGUGGAGGACAUGCCAAAAAAAAAAAAAAAAUAGACGUUUUCUGUAAAAAUGUCAAUUCCUACCUUAGAUUUAGUCCUACCCAGUACUAUACCCCUUCACCAAUCUUCCCCUCAUGCCUUUGUCCACGUGCUAGCCUACAAGACAGCGAGGGAGGCCUGCAUCUUUCAAAACUUACAGAAAGAAGAGCCUAUUCUUAGGCUGAAUCAAGGUUUGAACAGAUUUGCAAGAAUCAGGCUUCCCAAAUGAUCCAGGGUCUCACUAUUUGUAAAAAUAUUACCAAAUUCAAAUAUGUUUCUUGUUCUAUUUCCACUCGAAGCUGAGGGCAUUGAAAGGAGAGCAGUCCAUGAACAAAUCUGUGAGGAGUCACGUCAGUGAUCUUUCCUGGGUCUAAUUAAGAUGUGAGAACUGAAACUUCUGCCUGUCUCUUCUGGUCCUGCCCUCAGGUGGUUGGGAGUGCAGGGCAGGAUUUCAGGCGUCUGAAACUGGAGUGUGGGCCCAGCAGACAUGACUCUUUAUAAAAAGGAUGUUUUCCAGUGUGAUAUAGUUCUGUAUCUGGCAGGGAAACUGAAAAAUGGUUAUGUCUACAUUAUGAAAUGAGUAAAACAAAUGCUAAAUGGAUAGAGUUAAUUUUGUAGUUUUAUGUUUUCGGGCCUCUACCAAGGCAGAUCUUAAAAUGGCAGUUAUAUGAAGACAUUUAGGUUGUGAGAGUCAUGUUUCCAGUGAUCGAAAACCUCUAGUCUAUUUAAACUAUCACUGGGUGUCAGUCUUGUGUUUUGUAGAUUUUUUUUUCAAACAAUAGUUUCUAGAUUACCUACUUUGAACCCUCAGUGAGCUUUUCCCAACUAUUUUUCAGGACUCUAUUUAUGUUUAUUUUUUCAAAGGAAACAUUGAGAUUUCCUUUCUGAUACUUUUUCCUGCCUAUUUCUAGUACAAAGAUUUGAAGUGAUCAGUAUCUGUUAUUGUAAAAUAUAACUUUAUUAAAUUUGCAAUGUCUUUCUAUAAAUUAUAAUCCCCUAAAUAUGUUUUUUGGUUAAUUUAAUUACCUGAGUAUUUAUUAAUAUUUUAAGUAAGGAGGCAGCUGUCUAAGAAGUUUUUGUUAAUAUUACUUUGUAAAUUGUGUAAUGUAAUUUAUUUUAAAUUAUGUACAUUUCUUUUUUAACGCACAAAAUGUCUAUGUACAAUUAACUACAGAUUUGCAAAUAAUGUCACUAAGCUUUAUUCAGUUAAUAUAGAUGGCAUGUGAAGAUGUAAUAUGCUUUUUUACAUUUUCAUAUGGGUUAUUUGUAAAUAACUAUGUUGGUGAUGAACAUAAACACGGAAAUCAUUUUCAUUCUA